AUGGCAUAUGAUCCCCGCCGAACAAACUCGGGGACCUCAACUCCCCAACCUCCCCCUCCCCCUCCACCACCACCAGAGACAUCCACACAAGCCGACAUGGCCUCAACAACCCAAGCCCUAGAAACAGCCAACCCGGCCAACGCAGCCACAGACUCGUACAAGCUCAAGCGCCCCAACAGCCUUCCCCGUGAUAUCCUUCGGCACAGGCUCCCUCGUCCGUCUCCCCGCCCAUCAAUCACCCAACCAAACGUGUACAGUUUCAACACAACCUCCUACAACCAAAUGUACGAAGAGCUCUCCGGCAAAGACGAACGUCUAUACCGCAGCAACGGCAUCCUGAACAUGCUCGACCGCAACCGCCAGCUGAAGUGGGGUCCCGAGCGGUUCCAGGACUGGGUGCCUGGCGUCCCGCGCGUCGACCACCUCUCCAAGGGUGACAAGGGUGCCGUCGGGACAGAAGGUGGUGUCGUGGAUAUCAUCAUCACCUGCGAGGAGCGCUGCUGGGAUGCUGUUGUCGAUGACCUGAUGAAUAAGGGCACUGCGCUCAAUUACCCCGUUCAUGUCUUCAACGUCGAUAUCAAGGAUAACCAUGAGGAGGCCUUGACUGGUGGAAAGGCGAUUCUUGAUCUGGCCAAUCGUCUGAAUGAGGCUGCUGUUGCUGAGCAUCGUAUUCAUGGGUCCGAGGGCUGGGAAAAUGGGACUGGUCCUGCGCGCCAGAGCUUCGAUGAGAAGGUCCCUGAGAUCUUGGCGGAUUGGCAAGAAAAAUAUCCCAAUUUGCCGGCUCUGUGGACGUUGGCUUGGCUUUAG